AUGAAAGAAAACGAAAGGAAAUGUUACAAGUGUGGAUGUUCUCCUGCUCAUGAUCGUAACAUCACCUUGCAUCGUUUUCCUAAGCCUGGGAGAACAAAUAGCUUACGAUGUGAAUUAUGGGCGAAGUACUGUUUUCCUCAUGACUCUUGGUGGUCACCAGAAUUUCAAAACAAGCUUCAUUCUAAGCAUUUAAUGUUGUGCACUAAACAUUUUAAGAAAUCAUCAUUCAUUGAUAAUUUUGGAAAGAGGCUAGUCAAAUCUGCAGUACCUGAUGAGGAAUGUGAUAAGAUCACAUUAGCUGACCAUAAUUUGGAACAAAGGAAUGUCAUUCAACAUAUUGCGGGUCCAUCAACUACUAAACAACCACUGUCUAAAAAUAUUCAGAAGACUAUAACUGUUCCAAAUGUAUUUGAGCCGGUUGCGGGUCCGUCAAAAUGUAUACAACCCUUGUGUGAGAAUGUGCAUUAUAAGACCAUUCCUGACAAAACUAGUGCUAUUCCUCAAGUAACUGAGAAUAUCAACCCUGUUGCUACUGCAAAUCCAUCCACGAAAAACAAAAAAGGAUAA